CCGAAUCCGCUUUCGCCCGCGACCUGACGGGCGCUCCUGCGCUUCGCCCACCUCCUCACUCUUGCGUAACCUCUCUUUUUUCCUCCUUUUCUUUCUUUUUUUUGGUGACAGCCUUCUUGUCCUUAUUCUGGUUUUGUGAUGCGAUUGCAAAGUCAAAGCGUUGCUCCUCGCCGGAGACGUGUCGAUCCCCCCCCCCCCCCUUCAAGGUUUCGUUUCAAGCAACGUUUGACGAGGACCGCCCACUCGUGCGGGGGCAGCGAGAAUCCCCUUUUAAUGGGCUGCAGAUGCCACCGUUUGUCGCGUCUGGUAUCGUCGUUCGGCGCGACGCAGAACGCGGACUCACGCCAACCGCAUCCCGUUGAGCCCGACUCACAUCCUCUGGAACUUGGACGCGUUUCCGAGCUGUCACGCGCCGCCGCGUCGAUUCCCGUCUCGUGCGCGCAAUGCCGCCGCCUGCCGGCGCGCAACUCGGCUCUCUGCUUUGCCCUCGCGAGAUCCUCGCAAACAAGGAAGCGGACCAUGGCGUCGGUCUUCGGCGGAGUCGAAGGUGGGGGGACCCACUCCACGGCCGUACUGGUGGCAGAAGAUGGAAGAAUCCUUGCAGAGACCGAGGGGCCCUCCACCAACCACUGGUUGGUGGGGGUGGACAAAUGUAUCGAAACCAUCAACGAGAUGGUCCAGAGAGCCAAGGUGCAGGCGGGACUGGAUCCGAAUACGCCGCUGCGCUCGCUGGGCAUGUGUCUGAGCGGCGGCGAGCAAAAGGACGCUAUCGAAAAACUGAUGGCCCGCAUGAAAGAGGUCUUCCCCAGACUUAGCCGCAAUUAUUUCAUCACGAGCGACGCCAUCGGCGCCAUGGCCACCGCAAGCGAUCGCGGAGGCGUCGUCUUGAUCGCCGGGACGGGCUCCAACUGCAAACUGGUCCAUCCGGACGGGUCCCAGGUCGGCUGCGGCGGCUGGGGUCACAUCAUGGGCGACGAAGGAUCCGCAUUCUGGAUCGCUCACUUGGCUGUCAAGACGGUGUUUGACGCCAGAGACAAGAUGGCUCCGCCUCCGCACGACAUCACCCACGUGAGAAAAGCCAUGGAGGCGUAUUUUCAGGUGUCCGAUCUCUUGGGCAUGCUGCCGCACCUCUACACCGACUUCCGCAAGUCCCACUUUGCCGGCUUCUGCCAGAAGCUGGCUGAAGGCGCCGUAGCCGGGGACGCUCUGUGCCAGUACGUGUUCGCUCAGGCCGGGAGAGUCCUCGCCAGACACGUGCUCGCCGUCCUCCCCGCCGCGCCGGAGGCUCUGCUCCGCGGUGACCUCGGCCUGCCCAUCCUGUGCGUGGGCUCCGUGUGGAAAAGUUGGGAGCUUCUGAAAGCGGGCUUCGUGGAGGUCUUGGACGCGGCGGCGGCGGCGAGCGACGACUCGAAGGGCCGCUUCCGCGGCUACAGCCUCCUGUCGUUGAAGCGGUCGUCGGCGCUCGGCGGCGCGAGUCUCGGCGCCCGCGCCUCCGGCGCCGUCGUCUUGAGGAUGGACUACGCGGCCAACGUCGACGUCUUCUACCGCCGCUCCUGCGAGCAGUAGGGGGCGCGUUUCCGGGGCAAAUCUCAACGGACGCGUGGCAAAGGUCGCCUCCUCGGAUCGCGUCGACUCCCGAGUUCUAAUUCCAAACGGGCCGCCGCAAUUCGGCAUCCGGGACGGGACCGUUUGUGUUUCGGGUGUGCGCACGGUGCUAAAUACUUUGAAUAAAUCCAUUUUUGGAAUGAA